AGCUCGAGAACCGAGAACUGUCAGCGGUACACAAACAGAAAACAAAGCGAAGGUGUAUAGCAGAAUAGCGGAGAAAUUAUUAGAUUAUUUGGAAAGUAUAGUAGAAUAGUUAGUAGAGAUUGAAAUUGAUUUGAUUAGAUAGGGAUUAUUGAGUGACUGGCACAGAUUGUCAGCCGAAGCAUUGCCGUCACGUAUUUGAAUUCAAAGAUAGAAGACCGAAAAAUUUUAAAGCUGCUUCGCAACCACAAAAAGAGUUUUUAACUCGCACUGCGAUCAGCUCGGAAAAUCGGCCAUUGUUCUCGCUAACAAAUCUUUAAAAUUUUUCGGUCUUCUAUCUUUGAAUUCAAAUACGUGACGGCAAUGCUUCGGCAUCGAACCAUGAAGACGUGGGAACCAGUGAUCGACUGCCAUCGUUUUUCGAAGUGGGAGCGGUUGUUGAGAAGUACGGCAUACGUUUGGCGCUUCAUUGCCAACCGAAAGCGAGAGCAGAAGAAAUGCGGUAUCCUAUCCAGUGAAGAGCUUCAGAAAGCAGAAAUAACCUUGCUAAGAAUGGCGCAGUGGCAGGUGUUUCCUGAUGAAAUAGCUCUAUUGGAAGAUGGUCAUCAAAGUCAGAAACGGUUAGACGGUAAUAGUAGUAUAUUCCACCUUACACCUUUUUUAGACGAAGCAGGCGUCUUACGAAUGGACGGUCGAAUUGGAGCGGCAAUCCAUGCUCCCGAAGAAAUGAAGUUUCCGGUAAUUUUGCCAAGGAACCACCGAAUCACUUUGCUACUUGUGAACGAAUUCCAUCGAAGAUUCCGACACGCAAACGCAGAAACCGUAGUGAACGAACUUCGUCAACGUUUCUAUAUACCACAAAUAAGGUCAGUCGUGAGGAAGGAAACAAAAAAUUGCCAGUGGUGUAAAAUAAGGAAUGCCACCCCAAGGAUGCCUCGAAUGGCUCCUCUACCAUCCGCUAGAUUGGCUUCAUGUGUUCGACCGUUUACCUACACAGGGUUAGAUUUCUUUGGACCAUUAAUGGUGAAGGUCGGCCGAAGUAGCGUCAAGAGAUGGAUUGCGUUAUUCACCUGUCUCACCGUUCGUGCAGUGCACGUUGAAGUUGCCCACAGCCUUUCUACAGAUUCGUGUGUGAAGUGCGUUCGACGAUUCCUGUGUCGGCGGGGAUUCCCCGCAGAAAUUUACAGUGACAAUGGGACGAACUUCCAAGGAGCGGAACGAAUAUUAAAAGAACAACUCCGAGCAGUGCACGAAGGAUUAGCAGCCACAUUUACCAGUACAACAACCAAGUGGAUAUUCAUUCCACCCGCUGCGCCUCAUAUGGGUGGGGCAUGGGAGAGAAUGGUGAGAUCCGUCAAAACCGCCAUGAUAACUGCUUAUAAUAAUGAUAGAAAACUCGACGAGGAAUCGUUGCAAACAUUCGUGAUUGAAGCUGAGUCCAUAGUAAACAGUCGACCGUUAACAUACUUGCCGUUAGAUUCCGGAGAGAGUGAAGCUCUGACUCCGAAUCAUUUGCUCUUGGGAAGCUCGACUGGUGUACGUCAACCUUCGAUACUGCCGACAGAUUCUGCAGCUGCCAUUAGGAACACAUGGAACCAGAUUCAACAUCAACUGGAUAUUUUUUGGAGAAGGUGGAUUCGGGAGUAUCUUCCCACAUUGACCAAGCGAACUAAAUGGUUCGGAGAUACUAGACCAUUGGCCGUAGGAGAUCUAGUUCUUGUGGUGGAUGAGGCAAAAAGGAAUAGCUGGGAACGUGGGCGUGUGUUGGAGAUUGUAACAGCUAGCGAUGGAAGGGUACGACAGGCUACAAUCCAAACAUUGAGAGGGCUCUUGAGAAGACCAGUGUCCAAGCUUGCGGUUCUAGAUGUUGCAUGAGGUAAAACUGCACCAGUGAGCAGUGUUACGGGGGGGAGGAUGUUGCCACUGGGAGCACUGUUUGGGAAACGAGCGAAAAAGCUCAGCAUGGAAAGCUCGAGAACCGAGAACUGUCAGCGGUACACAAACAGAAAACAAAGCGAAGGUGUAUAGCAGAAUAGCGGAGAAAUUAUUAGAUUAUUUGGAAAGUAUAGUAGAAUAGUUAGUAGAGAUUGAAAUUGAUUUGAUUAGAUAGGGAUUAUUGAGUGACUGGCACAGAUUGUCAGCCGAAGCAUUGCCGUCACGUAUUUGAAUUCAAAGAUAGAAGACCGAAAAAUUUUAAAGCUGCUUCGCAACCACAAAAAGAGUUUUUAACUCGCACUGCGAUCAGCUCGGAAAAUCGGCCAUUGUUCUCGCUAACA